AUGGAAACCAUUGCCGCCUCACAUUUGCAGCUUGUGCUUGAAGAUAAUGAAAAGCUUAAUAAGGAGAAUGAACAACUUAAAUUACGUGUGGUUCAAUUGGAACAAGAAUUAAAUCAACUAAACUCGAAACACUCUCUUGACCAGUCUUCGAAGAAGAAUACUUUAUCGAAACCUUCUAAUAUAACUACAACUACUACUAUUGAACCACCAACUCCUGCCACCUGCGUAGAUUUAAGCCUUACAGAAUAUCUUCGAUAUGGAAGGCAGCUUAUACUUGCAGGCUUUGGUUUAUCUGCUCAAAAAAAAUUGAAAGCCACUUCAAUUUUAAUUGUUGGUGCGGGAGGAUUAGGUGCCCCCGCUGCGAUAUACCUUGCAGCGUGUGGGGUAGGACGCCUCGGAAUUGUUGAUUAUGAUGUUGUUGAGACAUCAAACCUUCAUCGACAAAUAAUUCAUAACGAGUCACGAGCGGGACUUUCAAAAGCUCAGUCAGCGAAAAUGACUGUAGAAGGAUUAAAUUCUUUUGUUGAAUGCAACGCCUAUGAUUUACAGCUUGAUAGUUCAAACGCUUUACCGAUUAUCAAAGGAUACGACAUUAUAAUUGACGCGACUGAUAACGUUGCGACACGUUAUCUACUUAAUGACGCAUGUGUAAUUACUGGAAAGCCGUUGGUAUCAGGGAGUGCGUUACGCAUGGAAGGUCAAUUGACAAUCUACAAUUAUCGUGGCGGUCCAUGUUAUCGUUGUUUAUAUCCAAAGCCUCCACCACCCGAGACUGUGACUAAUUGUGCUGAUGGCGGAAUUUUGGGAGAAACAUAUACUCCAAAUCUUCUUCUCUUUUCUGCUGCUUCUCAUCCUUUAUUUCGCUCCAUAAAAUUACGACCAAAGAAAUCUGAUUGUGAAGUGUGUGGGAAUAAACCAUCAAUCUCCAAAUUGCAAGAUUAUGUACAAUUCUGUGGAAUUGGUGUUUUAGAUAAGUCACCUACUGUCAAAUUACUUGGGACGGAAGAACGUAUCAAUCCAAAGGAGUACGCGGCUAUUCGUGCACAGAAAGCACGUCAUAUCUUACUUGACGUACGGGAAAAAGUUCAAUUUGAAAUUUGCCAUCUACCCGAUUCAAUAAAUAUCCCAUUACGCGAACUACCCGAAAGACUCGAAGAAGUAAAACAGGCAUUACCGUUCUCAAACACUCCAGUCUACACAAUAUGUCGUCUGGGAAAUGAUUCACAGCAUGCAGUGCCUUUAUUGCGAGGGAUCACUCAAGGGGAGGUGAAAGAUGUGAUUGGCGGGUUUUAUCGAUGGUCAAAGGAUGUUGAUACAAAUUUUCCUAUUUAUUGA